AUGGAUAAAGAUAGCGAGAAGGGCGCCGAGGUGACCGUACAGUCCAAUUACAGGUCACAAGAAUCUGUCAUUCAAGAGGGCGGAGUGAAAUACACAGCAGAAACCGGCGUCAACUCGACAGUAGUCACCUAUCAAGAUGCAUCGGGCGCACCGGUCGAGACAGACUCACCGUUAGGAUACUCUGUAAGCUUCUGGACAAGUCUGUGCCUGAACAUCAAUCAGAUGAUUGGAACUGGUAUCUUCUCAACACCGGCUACCAUUCUCUCUGGUGUGGGCUCAGUCGGCCUCACCAUGAUUUAUUGGUUUAUCGGAUACCUCCUGGCACAUACCACGCUGGCAACAUACCUCGAGCUGGCAUCAUACUUCCCUAGUCGCUCCGGUGCCGAGGUGGUCUAUCUCGAACAAGCAUACCCAAAGCCGCAAUAUUUCUUUCCGACGACUUUCGCCGUCAAACACGUCGUGUUCUCAUUUGGAAGCAGCAAUGCCGUCGUUCUAGCUCAGUAUCUUUUUGGGAUUUCCGGCCAUGACUACACAGGCUGGCAAUUGAAAGGCGUUGCCGUGGCAGUUUACACGCUGGCGUUCUUAGUGGUCAUCGCCAAUACGAAAUGGUCAUUGAGGCUAGUGGUUUGGUUUGGAUUCGUCAAGAUCGCCACUCUGGUGCUGAUCUCAAUCGCGGGACUAGUAGUGCUUGGUGGCCACACCAAAGUGCCCGAUCCCCAGAUGAACUGGCGGAAUGCCUGGGAGGGAACUUCAGAGGCAUCUGCCUACGGCGCCACAAAUGCCAUGGUCAAGUUGAUCUUCUCGUAUGCGGGAUAUACCAACGCGUUUAGUGUUGCCAACGAAAUCAAGAAUCCCGUCAAAACUCUCCGCUGGAGUGCUCCGUUCUCGUUGAUCCUUGUCACAGGCUUGUAUAUCCUCGUCAAUGUUGCUUAUUUCUCCGCUGCAUCGAGAGAGGAAAUCCUGAACUCGAAACAAAUUGCGGCCGGCAUUUUCUUCGAGAAGGUCUUCGGGUCUAAUGGGUCAGUACGUGCGCUGAAUGUACUCAUCGUGAUCAGCGCAUUUGGAAACCUGAUGGCCGUGAUGGUCAACUACUCGCGCAUGCUGCGAGAGACUGGAAGGCAAGGAGUCCUCCCCUUUGGAAAGUUCUGGACUUCUACACGACCGUUCGGAACCCCAAUCGGCCCAUAUUUCGUUCAGUGGGGAAUGACAGUGAUCAUGAUCUUGGGUCCUCCUGCAGGAGACGCAUUUAACUUUGUGGUCGAUCUCUCCGUUUAUCCGGGCAACAUAUUCAAUUUCCUCCUCGUGCUGGGACUGCUCAUAAUUCGUCGUCGUCGGGCCAAACUGAACUUCCCUAGGCCCGAAUACCGCGCCUGGAACAUUGCAGUCGCUUUUGCACUGCUAACAAAUAUCUACAUGCUGGUGGCACCGUGGUAUCCUCCCACGGGAGGAGCAAACGGGGGAGACGUGAGUUUCUGGUAUGGCACGUACCUGGUGGUUGGAAUCGGACUGCUACUUCUUUGCGGAAUAUACUACUACUUCUGGAUCGAAGUGAUUCCCAAAGUGAAAAAAUACGAAUACCGACAGACGGUGAUCGACUUCGACGACGGAUCCGUCGCUCAUAAACUGGUCAAGGUCCCGAACGCAGAAUUGGCGCGUUGGGAUGAGGAACACGAUCCCGUUGGGCGAUUGCGCCAUCGCACGGGGUAUCAAGAGGAGAAUAAAGAGGACCUUUGA